AUGAGCUCGUCGCCUGCCGGCCCUUACCUCUCGCCUUCCCGUACACGGCGCGGAAAGGAGCGUCGAAAUCCUUCCGUUACACCAAGACGAUUUGGCAGAUUCUUCACACCCCGGUCCUCUCUCCCAGGAGGCAUUACUCUACGUCUGCCUCUCGAAAGCCUCAACAGCUCCGAUACCAACCGUCGACCGGUAUCUCCAGACUCCUUGGCCAGUGAUGCCUUGAUGUCGGAUCCGAUAUGCUCCUCGCCUACGGAAAAUACAGUUCGUGGCGGCACGAGCAAGCGGCACUGCCCGGAAAGCUCUAUGCAGGCUCUCAAGAGGAGACGCGGCUUUCGUAUGGAUGAUUUGUCGCUGCCCGCGCUUAGGCUGCCCGGAACUGCUUCGGAUAUUGCCACAGAGGAAGGCGCCACACCCCGUUCCGCCAACGAUAGCCUAGGCGACAGACGAAAAGCCACUCUUAAUUUAUUUUUCAAAGCCAGUCGUAGUGGGCUGCGCAGUAUAGAAGAAAAAUCCCGCCCGUCUACGCCAGACGUCAUAUCAGCCGAUGUUCAAGACCAUGCGCCGCUCGAAGGGUACAAGCCACAGCCGAUCCGGAAGUUUCGUAAUCGUGGUUUCGAGUCACAGCUCCUCAAUCGUGAACAUGGCUACUCCUCUUAUACCGGCCAACAGCAUUUCGCCACACCGGCAUCUGACUACCGGGCCGAAACAGCCGCCUACUACAGCCGCAGCACAGACCUCCACCAAUGCACAGCAUACAACGGCCCUGGCAACACGAUUCCCUUUUCACUAGCCAGCUGCCACAAAGCUCCCGUCACAGCUAUUGGCGACGAGCAGGGCUACGUGCGCCUCUUCAACACAACUGACGGCGGCAACUCCACCGACUCCAAGGUGGAUAUCCACAUCAAGGCUCACGACAAUGCCAUUAUGAACCUUGCCUUUUCCGACGAUGACCUACGUCUGGCUACUGCCUGCGGCGAUCGCACAGGAAAGAUUCUGGAUGUCGCUACGCAAACUGUAGCAAUCGAGCUCAGCGGCGGCCACUAUGACUCUCUACGCCAAAUCGCCUUUCAAAAGGGCCAAGCCAACGGCAACACAUUAGCUACCUCGGAUCGCGCCGGCCGCAUUCAAGUAUGGGAUCUGCGCUGCUCUCCUAUCCCUGUCAGCUGCUUCUCUACCCUCGGCAGCGAAAGUAGGAUCCUGCAUCGUGAUACUAGCCUCGAGCCCGUCUCUAUCAAGACUGUCAACACGAUUGACAACUCUCACGAGCGCAAGAUCAAUGGUUCCACCAACUCGGCCUCCGUCACUGCCGUCCAAUGGCUCCCCACGGGCCGCGAGCACCUUCUCCUCUCUGCGUCCGAGGCCGACGCAACCAUCAAGCUGUGGGACACGCGCUACAUCAAGCCUCGUCGACAGCUCGGCGAGACGCCGCUCGCCAUGACCCAGGCCCCCACGAGCCACGCGUGGCGCUCCUACGGUACGACCUCGAUGGCGCUGAGCUCCGACGCGGCGCGCCUCUACGCCGUCUGCAAGGACAGCACCGUGUACGCGUACUCGACCGCGCAUCUCAUCCUCGGCCACGCGCCCGCUCUCGAGGACAAUGCCGCCAAACGCAAGCCCGGCGGAGCCCAGGGUCUCGGCCCUCUGUAUGGCCUCAAGCACGACAUGUUCCGCGUGCACUCAUUCUACGUCAAGUGCGCUAUGCGCCCCUCCCGCAUCGCAGGUGGACCCGAAGUCCUCGCCGUCGGCAGCUCCGACUUUUGUGCCGUCCUCUUCCCCACCGACGAGCGCUACCUCCGCACCUCCUGGGCGGCCAACGCCCACCUCCUUCCCGAGGCACGCUCCGGCUUCUUUUCCACCUCGUCCUCCUUCCUCUCCUCCACGACGCCCGCAGCCACGACGCCCUUUUGCUCUACACCUUCCGGCGGCGGCAGUGGCAGCAGCACCGUGCCCCUCUAUCGCGCCGGCACGCCCCUCAUCCGCGGCCACUCGCGCGAGGUCACCACCAUGAGCUGGUCCCACGAGGGCAAGCUUGUCACCGCGUCCGACGACUACGUCGUGCGUCAGUGGCAGCAGGACGCCUCCGCGGCGCGUCACCUCCGCACCGUGGGCGAGUUUGGCGGCGAGCGCCACAUGGCGGGCUGGGCCGACGUGGCGGCCGACUGGGACAUCGAUGACGAGGAGUAA